GGGAUUUAUAGGUUUAGUGGAAAUUGCUUUCCCCACUGUCCAGAUUAAAUACUGCAGGAUGAUUUUUUGUAUGAGUAAACAUCCUUCCAAUAACGAUCAGACCGAUAAUGUCUUAAAAAGAGAAACAGGAUCUACAUUUUGGCUUUCUCUUUCUUGUAUGGACUAUUUCUGGACACAGAACCUUCAGGUAACAUGUUGACUGUCCAUAAAAUGCAUUUUAGCAUCUUCCUGCUGUUCUGGGGAUGGGUUUUAUCCACUGAAUGCAGAGUCCACCGACAAGGAAAAGAAAUACACGAGGUAUACAAAAAAGGCAGCCGGCCCCAGCGGCAGAGGCGAGAAGCCCAUGGCGAGGCGCACAAGCAGGGCAGUAGUCCAAUCCUAAAGCGAAGCCCUGACAUCACCAAAUCUCCACUGACAAAGUCAGAACAGCUGCUGCGAAUAGAUGACCAUGACUUCAGCAUGAGACCAGGUUUUGGAGGUCCUGCAAUUCCUGUAGGCGUGGAUGUCCAAGUUGAAAGUCUGGACAGCAUUUCUGAGGUGGAUAUGGACUUCACCAUGACGCUUUAUCUGAGGCACUACUGGAAAGAUGAGAGGUUGUCCUUCCCCAGCACCAACAACCAAAGCAUGACAUUUGAUGGCAGGCUGGUGAAGAAGAUCUGGGUCCCUGACAUGUUCUUUGUCCACUCCAAGCGUUCCUUCAUCCAUGACACCACCACUGACAACGUCAUGCUGCGUGUCCAGCCAGAUGGGAAGGUACUUUAUAGCCUCAGAGUUACAGUAACAGCGAUGUGCAACAUGGAUUUUAGCCGCUUUCCCCUGGACACACAGACGUGCUCUCUGGAGAUUGAAAGCUAUGCUUACACAGAAGACGACCUCAUGCUCUACUGGAAGAAUGGAAAUGAUUCUCUGAAAACGGAUGAGAGGAUAUCACUGUCCCAGUUCCUGAUCCAGGAGUUCCACACUACCACAAAACUUGCCUUUUAUAGCAGCACAGGAUGGUACAAUCGUCUCUAUAUCAACUUCACCUUGCGUCGACACAUCUUCUUCUUCUUGCUACAAACCUACUUCCCUGCCACCCUCAUGGUUAUGUUGUCCUGGGUGUCCUUCUGGAUUGACCGCCGAGCAGUUCCUGCCAGAGUCCCUUUAGGGAUCACCACUGUGCUGACCAUGUCUACCAUCAUCACUGGGGUGAACGCCUCCAUGCCCCGUGUUUCCUACAUCAAAGCAGUGGACAUUUACCUGUGGGUCAGUUUUGUGUUCGUCUUCCUCUCGGUGUUGGAAUACGCAGCAGUGAAUUACCUGACCACAGUGCAAGAGAGAAAGGAGAGGAAACUCCGAGAUAAGCUCCCCUGUGCGUGCAGCCUUCCUCAGCCCCGGCCCAUGAUGAUGGACGGCAGCUACAACGACGGUGACGUGAACGAGUUGGGGCAUUACGUGUCUGAGAAUGGUGACAAGCAGGACAGAAUGAUGGUGCAGCUGGCGCUGGGGUCUGAGAGGGGCUCGGGCAGGAGGAAAAACCAGAGAUACGUCAGCAUGCGGAUCGACACCCACGCCAUCGACAAGUACUCCAGGAUAAUAUUCCCUGGCGCAUACAUUCUAUUCAAUUUGAUAUACUGGUCCAUUUUCUCAUAAACAUAUGAAACUUCUGUAGUCACAGCGUAUUGCGGCAGGAUAUCAGAGUACUGGCUCAUAGGCUAACAAAACGAACAUAGAGAAGUAACUUGAAGAUUGGUUUCUUUCUUUUUUACUAGGUGCAAAUCAUCUGUGGCAUAAAUAACUGUGCACGUUUCUAAUAAAUAUAGGAUAUCCAAUCUAAAACUUCACACAUAUUUAGUGCUGUGCUCCUUCCUGUGCCUCACAGGCAAUUGUAAACCAGUUCAAUGAGUAACACUGAUUGCCAGCUGCUUAUAUACGGUGCAAGUUGCAUUUCGUGCCCCCAAGUCCCAGUUAUCUCCGUGUUUGAGCACAUGCACUCAACUCAGCAGACUGACAGCAUUUAGCACUGAUAAGCACAAAAGAUACGCAAACACUUGCAUGCUUGCAGGAUGAGGUCAGAAGCAGCUAUUGCAAAAACAAUGUCCAAUAGUGGGAAAGACUUCAUCAAGGCUCUUAAUGGCCAAAGGUGGCUUUCAAUGCUUCAUGCACACUGUGCUGGCAGAGCUGCACUGACAGAACCAAGCAUCAAUACACUUGUGCUGUCUUGAUUGUACUUAAAAACAAUGAAGCAUUUCCAAGGUGUAUUGAUUAACCUCUUAAAAUACAACUUGCAGUGUACACAUACCAAGGAAUCCACCACUCAGAGUUGGACUUUCCAUGAUUCUAAAUCCUCUGGGAAACACUGGACCUCUCCUUGGAGCUGCUUAUUUGGGUCAGUGGGAGUUUUGCUUGAGUUUCCUAGAAGAGGGAACAGAUUUCUCUACAAAGUGAUCCAGUGAAGACAAGUGGGUGUCUACAAAAGAAAGAAUAGAGUCACAGCAGGAGAAGCCACAGCAUCAGUGCUACUGGUUGGUACAGGAGAGCUCACUGCAGCCUGAAUGCCAAGAACUUCUGCAGUCGGCAAAGUCCUGCCCCUGCCAAAGCCUUUGGUGAGUGCAGGCAGUUCCAGAAGAAGCCUGGUCCAUCUGUUUUUAAUGGAAGGCCAGUGGAAAGGUGCUCAGCAGGUGACAAAACAGAUGCAAUGACUUGAUAUCUGUGUUACUAAUGCAACCAUGUUACAGUUGUAAAAUUACCAUGCGGAGAGCUUUGGAAUGAAGGGGAAAGGAGCUCCCACCAUGAGAGAGACCCAGGUCCAUUUGAGCAUCAAGGAUAAAGCAGUGGUGCUUCAAGAAGGAACGUGGGUGUUUGUACAUGAAACCUGCCCUGGACUGCAUGCAUUAUACUUGCAACACAGACAUCACAGCUGUUUGAAUGCGGCUGGUUGCUGCUUUAGUUUCAUGUGUAAAUUAAGAUCACGUACAAGUGCUCAGUGCUUCUUAUAACCGCUGAAAUCACGAGAUGUGAAAGGUACCCACCCACACUGUCUCUACACGGCACUGAAACCACAAGAGCUACAAUUACUGAAAACAAAGCUGACCACCAUGAGGUAGCUUUGGCACCAAGGCUUUUCUUCACAUAACAUACAACAUCUUUGCUUCUUACCAUACACCAUAUUUCUACCCACUGAGGUUGUGGGCUUGUUUUGUUUCUUUCCCCAAAAAGAUUAAAAAUAUGUAUUAAAGUGUAACAGUUUGAUUGGAUGAAAGUCAAAAGAUAACUGUGGUAGAAGCACCGGGACUGCCUGCUCUCCUUUAUUCUGAAGGCACCUUUUGGGACAGAGGGCUCCAAGGCUUCUUGGGAACUGCUCACACAGGGACAUAUUUAGGUCCUUGGUAUUAAGAACCCAUUCACUCCCACAGUUCUAAGAACAGGACAGGAGCACCAGAUAUCACAGUAAGCUAUCCAGCUUCAUAAGCCUACACAGUGUACUUCACUUCAGUACCAUACAUCUUAUAGGACCAUUAACCAGAAAAUUAAGGAAGAUUUUGGAGAUAGAAAUGGGAGUUGGACUCUCAGAUUCCUUGGCUUCCAGGAAAGACUGGUUUCUAUCUGUCCAUGAGAUACUGAAAGCUUCCCUUCUGACGUGGUGUCCUAAACAGAUUCUGCACCCUCUGCAUCAGGAUUCACAUUGUUAAAUGACUUGUGUUUUAUUUUGGAAACUCUAGUGCCUUUUCAGUCUUAUGUAAAUGUGUACAUAGAUGCAUUGUAUAAGAACAGGAUGUGUCAUAUGCAGCCAGUGUUUGCUAUUAAGGACUGCAAUCAUUAAACAUACUCCAUACACAGUAACUACUUUUCACCUUCCAGUGUAUUGGUCUGUAUCCAAACGCUCUGCUUCUUCUCACUUCCACAAUAAACCAGAGUGGUUUCUUUG